AUGUCCGUCCUCUCCCUCCUCUGCAACAGCGGCAUCGGCCGUGAAUGCGCCAUCCUCUUCGCCUCGGAAGGUGCCAACCUCGUUCUGGCAGACAUCAACCUCGAAGCGUGCCAAAAGACCGCCGACAUCGUCAACGAACGCUUCAGCAAAGCCGAGAUCCCCGUCAAGGCCGUCGCCGUCAAGUGCGAUGUGAGCAAGGAGGACGAGGUGGCAGCCAUCGUCAAACGUGCUGUCGACGAGUUCGGUCGUCUCGACGUCAUGUUCAACAACGCCGGCAUCAUGCACCCCGCCGACGACAAUGCACUCAACACCGAGGAAAAGAUCUGGGACCUCACACAGGCCAUCAACGUCAAGGGCGUCUGGUACGGCUGCAAACACGCCAUCCUCGCCAUGCGAAACAACCCCGCCGACGACGCCAAGAACCUCCACGUCGGUGGAUCCAUCAUCAACACCGCCUCCUUCGUCGCUCUCCGAGGCGCCGCUACCCCUCAGAUCGCCUACACCGCUUCCAAGGGCGCCGUUCUGGCCAUGACGCGCGAGCUGGCGAUGGUGCAUGCCAGGGAAGGCAUCCGCGUCAACUCGCUCUGCCCGGGACCGCUCCAGACUCCGCUGCUGAUGGACUUCCUCAACACUCCCGAAAAGCUCAACCGCCGUCUCACCCAUCUGCCUCUGGGUCGUUUCGGCGAGGCUGUCGAACAGGCCAAAGCCGUUCUUUUCCUCGCCACCGACGAAUCGUCGUACGUGCUCGGCCACGAUCUUUUGGUCGACGGUGGUCUUGCCGCCGCCUACGUCACCGCAGAGGGUCAGCCUGUCUUGCCACCUCCCAAGAGCUUGGUCUAA